CUCUAAGGACUUUCAAAAUGGAAGAAAAUCAAGUAUCUGAGAUCAAAAUCAAAAUUAAUGAAAGUGAUUAUCCAGUAGAGACUAAUUCAGAGGGCUCAAAUCAAGUAAUAGCCUCUCAUUCAUCAACCAAGGCAGGUGUAAAAUCUCAUUACUCUUCAAAUAGUAAAAUUAAUGCGAAAUUUACUGUUUCUCCUGAAUGACAUGUCUCAAUCCCAUCUGAGAUUAGAGAAACCUUUCCAAAACCUAACAUAGUUUCAAAGAGGGUUCCAAGAAAUAGGAGUAAAACUAAAAAUACUAUUGAUCAUAAAUACGAAGUCAAGGUUACUCCCUUAUUGAAAUCACCCAAAAGUCAGAAUAUGAGGAAAAGUAAGAGAUCAAAAGUUAAUGCCAGCAAUAGUCAAAGACAGGUCAACAAACUUUUGCUAAUUGCUGAUAAGGGCUCUAAUACCAAGAGUAAUGGGAGUAAUAAGAAUAUCUUACGGAGUGAAGGGAAUGUCCAAAGCCAAUUCAAAAAUAAAAAGAAGAUACUCCCUCGAAGAUUCCUUAGCAUGAAAAAUUAUAUUCGAUCAAUCACCAUUGAUAUAAAUAAGCGUAAUGAGAGCAAGUAUCAAGAAGCCAGUGAAUUUGAAAAUCAAGUCAGUGAUGGUGAAAGCGUGGAGAAGACUGAAGCUGAACCAAAAUUGUUGGAACCUCCAAUUGCAGGAACUACUUUAAAUUACAACAUUGGGGGUAAAGAAGCUCAACUAACACUACGAAAAUAAUUCAUUCAGACCUAAUAAUAGAUUGCAAAAGGAAAUACAAAAAUUGGUUAAACCCUCUUCUCAGAUGACCAAAAAGCUGUCUAUGGCUUCUCCACUACAAAACCAGAGGGACUCUCUUUCAGCCUCUAAAUCCUCUAAUAGAGAUAAUAAUCCUAGUAAAAGUUUAAUGAUCGUGAAUAAAAAGCCAGCAUUAUCGAAAAUAAUGAUGAAUACAUUCCAAGACAUAGAAAAUUUUAAGAGAGAGAGCAAUUAUAACACUUAUAACCAGAACUUAAGAUUUAGUCAUAAAGAGGAAGGGUGGGCACUUAUUGCCAACCUUCUCUCUUGUAGAGGCAGCCAAACCCAGAUGAUGAGCAUGCUCUCCUCAAAUAAUGAUAAAUAAAUACAGGAAGAAAUAUAAAAUCAAAGAAGAAGAACUCAAGAGCAAAGUCAGAGGAGGGAAUGCUCCUAAAGUAUUGCAGAAUUCAGCCAAGAAGUUACGGGGCCUUAAAGACCAAUUCAAAAUCUGUCAGGACCACUUUAAGGAUUAUGUGAGCGAGAUGCAGGACCUCAAGUUGAUUAUUAAGGAAUCCAAGCACAGAUAUAAGAAACAUGUCAUUAACGCUUUCUUUGAUGACACUGGAAAGAGAAGAUUCAGAUCAAAUCCAAGAGAUUUUUCCAUUCUUGCGAAGGAAGAUCAGAACAGUACUGUGAGAGGUGAAAUUACUAACUGAGGUUCUCCAGAGAAAAAGAUUAAGAGACAACUUUCACAAGUUGUUAAUUCAGGAAACACUAAGAAUAUUAAAAAGUCUUUUUAGAGGACAGAUUAAUAGUCCUCUCUCGAAUGUGAAAAACUAUAUCAUUAAACGAAAUAACACAAUGUUAUCCAGCACAAUGAUGACUCAAAAAGAGAUAAAGGAAGAAUCAGAUGUGACGAAGUCAAUGAGUCCAAUCAACAGUUGAAGCAAUGAUUCUUCAAAUUCAAACAACGACUCUCAGUCGAAGCUGCCACAAUUAUCAAACGAUAGAGCAAGAUUAAAGAAAAAUUUCAAAUUUGAGAAAUCAGAUCCUCGCUCUUAUAAUCCUAUCGGAAGCUUAGACAAGACUUUGUCUCCUAAACUUCAUAAUAGAGCAAAUAGGCGUAUUCAAAAGAGAAUGAAGGUCAACUCAAGUGUUAAUUACUCUUGGAUGACUCUAAAGAAAUCAGUCCAGUAUACACCCAAGCUUCAGAAACCCAUUAUCUCAAAAGGAUUAUUGCCUCGGGUUCAAGUACUAAACUGAAAAACUGCCUUUCAGCAUAACAUUGAGGGACAGUUUGCUUUCAUACAAAAUUUCCUCAAACAAAAGUUGUGUCUAGCCACAGUCUUGGAUGGGCAAUUAGCCCAAGAUUUUGAGGAUACAGUUACUCAAGCAAUCGGCCUAAUUGAAAAUUUUGAUUGAAAUUAAUGCUACUGAUGAAAUCAAACACCAAGAAAGGUGUCGAUCUCUUGAUAGCAUUGAUAAAAACUGGGCUAAGUCUCCAGAACUGAUCCUUGAAACACUCAGUAAACUCAGAAAUUUAGUGAUGCCUUAUCCAAGAGAGCUGAGGCCUGUCAUUGAUUGCUGAAAUACCCUAGUGUCUAAGCUAAGACCAGUAGGGAGUUCAAUCCUUCAAACCCUUUCGCAGGAAGACCCAAUCAAGAAAGAAACUCUAAAUAAUAUUAUUUUGAAAAGAAAGAAGAAUAUGUUGAAUCAUAAAAGAAAGGAUGAGCUAUGAACAACCAUGAAAACUAAGAAAGGCCUCAAGCUCAUUUCUAAGAGAAAAUUUAAGAAAGUUUAUAGAAUGAGCGGUCAACCUUUUGAAUUAUCGCCUUCGAGCCAUUCGAUAUCACGGAGAUUCCGAUCUCCCCAACCUUGGAACUUCAGCCCUAUUCAUCGAUAAACGAAUCUGAAAUUGUGUGAUAUCCAUUUGCUGAUAAAUUUUCUAAAAUUUAUAAAUUUUAAUAUUUUCA